CUUCAAUCUCCAUAAUAACAAUCUCAACAGAUAUUUCUAGUUCUUUCUCUAGUUUCUCUAAAGGUAAUACUUACCAUACUGAACGUAGGGAAGGAUUAUAUGGCUCUUGUUAUGCAAGUCAAAUUCUCACUGAAUGCGCUCCUUAUGAUGGAAAUGAUAGUCUGACCAUUGGCUGGCGAGUUGUUGAAGCUUUUCAUACCAUUGCCUUAAUAGUUUCGUUCGCGUUGCUUAUAAUUAGUUUUAUUGUUUGGCAAAAAAACAAUAAUACGAAUCACGCAUUAUGGACUUCAACAGCUUGUGCAAUUCUCGUUUUGGCUUCAAUGAUAGGAGAAAUUGCCUAUUUUGCAAUUAUCUCAAAAACCUUUUCUAGUACAAACACUCCGAGUGUUAAAACCUCUUUAAAUUUUGGUGUUGGAUUUGCUUUGAUUGUUUUAUCAUUUAUAUGCACAUUAGUAUUAAUUUUUAUAUACUGGAAAUGUAAUUCAAUGUCUUAUGAAGAUAAGAUGCAGUACAAUGAUAAUUCACAUUAUCAGACUUCAUAUAAUCAAAAUGUUGGUACUAUUGCAACACCUUAUCAACAUUCAUAUAAUCAAAACGUUGGUACUGUUGCAACACCUUAUCAACCACCGCAAUUUUCACAUAAUCUCGCUGUUAAUAAUACUGCAACACCUUACCAACCACCUCAGUUUUCAACCCCUUAUCAGCCGCCGCAGUUUUCAAACCCUUAUCAAUAA